GUCUUUGCAACAUGACAACAAAAGCAAAGUAAUUAUUUAGUAUUGCCGGUUUGAGAGAAGCGCUUCUAAACAUGAAGUUGGUUAGAUUUCUUAUGAAACUAAGUCACGAAACGGUGACAAUCGAAUUAAAAAAUGGAACUCAAAUUCAUGGUACAAUCACAGGAGUAGAUGUAGCGAUGAACACUCAUUUAAAGUCUGUUAAAAUGACUAUUAAAAACAGGGACCCAGUUCAAUUGGAAUCCUUAAGUAUUCGCGGUAACAAUAUACGAUACUUCAUACUGCCAGACAGCUUACCGUUAGAAACACUGCUCAUUGAUGAUACACCUAAAUCAAAAACAAAGAAAAAAGACAGCAGUCGUGGAGGUAAUCGCGGCAGAGGACGUGGAGCACGCGGCCGUGGUGGACCUCGAGGUCGUGGUCGUGGACGGGCAGUUGGUAGACGUUAAGAUUUUAAAAUACUGAAAUUAAAUAAAACUUGAAGGAUAAAACAUGGAAA